AUGUCUAUAAUUUCUUCUUUUAAUUCAAAGACAUUGACUUCUAUUUUUCUUUUCAUUAAAUUCCAGAUAUUUUCUUUACAGAAUGCUCCAGAAUUCAUUCAGCGAUUGUCCGGGGAAGACACAGUAGUCGAAGGCGGGACGGCCAAGUUCGAAUGCAUCUUCAAGGGAUUCCCUAAGCCAACAGUCACGUGGUACAAGGACGAAGUACCACUCGAGCUGAACGAUCGGAUUUCGCUAGAAUCUUUCGAACAGGGCACGUUUGCCCUGGUCAUCAGAGACGUUGUCCGGAGUGACGAGGCACCCUACCGGUGUCGAAUAGAAAACAGUGAGGGGUCAAGUUCGAGUACGUUAUACCUUUCGGUCAAAGGAAGUUCGCGAAGCCCGAAGCGAAAGAAGUCCUCAUCGCCCAACCGACGAAUGGUUUCUUAUCCUUCUCUCUUUCCGACUAUCGAAGAGAAAGUCGUGGAGGAGGAGAAAGAAGAGGAAGAAGUCAACAGGCAAGAGCCUUCACCGCUGACCAAACUCUACGAUGGCAACAAGCUCCGAAGUCGGCACACGUGGCCAAAAUUUGUGGGCGACUGGGCAUUUGCUGAUGACGAAGACGCAGGGCCAAGUGCGAAAGGUUCUUUCUUUUAUUGUUCAUUCUCCUUAAUAAUAAUUUUUUCCAGUUUCUUUCUUUUAUUGUCCAUUCUCCUUAAUAAUGAUUUCUCCCCAAUUUAUUUCUUUAAUUGUCCAUUCUCCUUAAUAAUGAUUUCUCCCAGGUUCUUUCUUUUAUUGUUCAUUCUUCUUAAUAAGGAUUUCUCCCAGGUUCUUUCUUUUAUUGUUCAUUCUCCUUAA